AUGACUGAAAAACCGACCAGUGAUUCCCUUCCUCUGGAAUCUUUUGACACUCUGAAGGCAGAAUUUUUGAAUACACUCCAAAGAGAACCGCGAAAGCGAAAAGGAGAGAAGAAUGUGAAGGCCCUGCAAUAUUGGCAGAACGAAAUACUCGAACGAAUAGAAGCAUUUUUGAAAUGUGACGAUUUUAACGUGAACUUUUGCGACGGCGAGAUAUCACAAUCUCCCUUGUGGCAAGCCACGAUGCGACCGGAAACUAUCGACAAAUUUUUAAAAAGAAAGACAACAGACCUAAAUCUAUCCGACCCGAAGGGCAGAACAGCUAUCUUUUUGGCGGUGGAAUCACGACAGCCCCAAACAAUAAAGCUCCUAAAGAAAGCUGGGGCCCUGGUGGAGUGGCGGGACAGUGAGGGUCGAACUCCACUAUCACGUGCAGUCGAACUUGGUCACCUAGAGACCGUGAGAUUUCUUGUAGAGCAAGAGAAUGCGAUGAUCAAUCCAGAUGAUGGUCUUGAUCCUACUCCGCUACAACGAGCAGUUUCUAUUGGGUCUACCAAAAUCGUUCAGUACCUUCUGGCAAAUGCAGCUAAAGUCAACCACCGAGACGCCUAUGGUCGAACGCCUUUCUCAAUGGCAGUGAGUCUAGGCCCCUCCGAGGCCAAAAAAGACAUUAUCGGUCUUCUUAUUGAACGAGAUGCCGAUCUUGAUUUAGCAGAUUGUGAAGGCAACACCCCUCUCAUCAACGCAGUUGUUCAAUCGGACGUCGAGUCCGUGAGACAGCUACUGGAAUCAAAGAAUUCCAUAGUCAACGUGGAUCAAUACGCACGAGGGCGAACUCCUUUCUCACUUGCCGCGGGCAAGUCGCGUGUGGUGAUCAUGCAGUUGCUUCUUGACUAUCGAGCUGACCCACAUAAAGAGGAUGGCGACCAGCAUACAGGCUUUUGGUGGCUUCUUAAAGCUAGAUUAGAUCAUGGUAUCAGUAUGCCAAUCGAUCUUACACCACAAAAUCGAAUGGUUCCUCGCCACGACCUCGCCAAGUUAGUAGACUCCCUUCUCCUACCAGACCGCCGGGAUAAAUUUGGACGCACCUGGCUCUUUUGGGCUGCUCAAUUCGGCGACAGUCAAAUCGUGGAAUACCUAUUGGCAAACAAAGACGUUGAUCCAAAUCGCACCGAUCAAACCGACAGGACUUUCGCAAGAACUCCGAUGUUAUGGGCAGUAGAGAAGUACCACCAGAAUGUUGUGGGCUUGAUGGCACAAAAGAAAAUCAAAGACCUCUCGUUGAACUACUUAAUUCGCCAUUCAGAAACUUAUGAAAAGGAAUACGGGCUGGAAAAAUUGUUGAAUACGUUUAGAAAGCUUGUUCUUUGGGGCAAAGAGGUUGAUCCCUGGAUUUUGGAUAGGUGCGAUUACGAAGGAACCAGGCCUUUGCACCUUGCGUGCUUCCAUCAACAUGAGAGGCUGGUUGAUAUAUUGAUGGAAGAUAAAAUAGAGGGGCCAUUGCUGGACUGCCAAGACCGAACUGGACGAACACCUUUACAAUACGCUCUACAUCAAAAAAACGAGAGCAUUGUGAGGAAGCUACUAAGCUCAAUGUCUACACUUGAAUACAUGCGGUCAAGUGACUGGCUUGAACUUGGAAACGAGGAUACCUACUGGGUGCAAAUCAAUCAAUACAUUCCUGACUAUCACUUUGAUUGGCAGCCAAUCCUGAAGCCCGAUGUGUGUGCACAGCACGAAAUUUGGUCUCGUGUACCAAGACAGUUCAAUGCCGAAUGUGACAUGAAAUUUGAACUUGGCAAAUCACAAUACGUUCAAUACAUCGGCAAAAACUUUCUCGAAACCGAGAUAACUUACGUAUCAAUUGCGUUCCCGGCCAAAUAUCAACAUAUCCCCGGAAACGACGAGCAGUGCCCAGAGCCAUGCGGUAUCGCAUGGGUCAGGAGUCCAGACUCGAAAGGAAAGGCCGAUGUUUUCCUUAGCAGCUUUUCGGGUAGCAGACUUCCAAAUGGUUGUAUUCCUUGCUCAGAGUUCGACAUUUUCGACCUUUUUUUGAAGCAUCUCAAGAGCAAAUGGGAUGAUGUCUGCCCGGUUGCUGUUGCAGAAAUCUAUGAAAUGGUGAGCCGCUGA